AUGCGGCGCGCCGACCUGAUCGUGCCCUAUGCCGAGCCAGAGAAGGCCAAGGACGACAACGACAUGUCGAGCACGCUCUCGAGCACACUGCCCAUGGCUGCUAUCUUCACGCGGAACAAGAUGAUCGGCUGGGUUGCUGUAGUAUUCGCUAUCCAGUCGUGGCUUGCUGAGACCCCCGAGCAGAAGAAGACGUCGACUACACCCGCCUACUUCCAGGUUGGCAUGUCUGCCAUGUCGCUCCUCGUUCCUGCUCGACGCUACAAACCUUGGAACCCUCACUUGCACCCUCCCGACUUGUCACCACCCCAAAACCACCCCAACUCCACUCCCAGCCCACCCAAGAAAUCGCCGCUACCCAAAGCAUCCAUACCCAACUACCCCCCACCUACACGCGCGCUCACCGACUGUCGUAUGUCCAUCGAGAACCUCAAGACCUUCGACCCGUUCGCGGAAGCGGAUGAAGAUACCGGCCAGGUCAAGCAGACUCAGCAGGACUACAUUCAUAUUCGUAUCCAACAGCGCAAUGGCCGCAAGACCUUGACGACUGUCCAAGGUCUCCCCAAGAAAUUUGACCAGAAGAAGAUCCUCAAGGUGAUUAAAAAGAAGUUUGCCUGCAAUGGCACCAUUGUAAGCGACGCCGAGAUGGGCGAAGUCGUCCAACUCCAGGGCGAUCAGCGCAAAGACGUCCAGGACUUCUUGACCGACAAGAAGGAGGGACUUGGUCUUGAUGCGAAGACGAUCAAGGUGAGUCACAGCCCGGCACGAUUUAGCAUCGAGUCACAGUCUAAUCAGAAAUCAGGUCCACGGUUUCUAGUCGUCCAUGACUACUACCUUGUGCCUCCUCGAUAUGCCAGCUGCCCUCGUCCGUGGCACGGCUAA